AUGGAGGCGAGCUGCUUGUCGCUGCGGGACCUGACGGGCGGCCGGCCGGCGCGGCGGGGCCGGGCGGACGGGGCGGCAGAGGCGGCGCAGAAGGAAAAUAUAUUUGAUCGAUCCAGGAUGGCCCCGAAGACUCCCAUUAAAAAUGAACCAGUUGACCUAUCAAAGCAGAAAGGCUGCACCCCAGAAAGAAGUCCAAUUACACCUGUUAAGCUCAUUGACAGACCUCAACCUGACCCCUGGACUCCCACUGCUAACUUGAAGAUGCUUGUUAGUGCUGCUAGCCCUGACAUGAGGGACAGAGAAAAGAAGAAAGAGCUCUUCAGAUGUAUAGAAAACAGUGAGCAGAAUGACAUGUCUGAUUGUUUACAGUAUGAUAUGGUAGACGACAGCGCGGUUGAUGAAUUUGAAAAGCAGAGGCCCAGCAGAAAACAGAAAAGCUUAGGACUCUUGUGCCAAAAGUUUCUAGCUCGCUAUCCAAGUUACCCAUUGUCAACAGAAAAAACUACUAUUUCUUUGGAUGAAGUGGCUUCAAUUCUUGGAGUAGAGCGGAGACGAAUCUACGAUAUAGUGAAUGUUCUGGAGUCAUUGCACUUAGUUAGCCGUGUGGCCAAGAACCAGUACUGUUGGCAUGGCCGGCACAACCUAAGUCAAACUCUGAAAAGGCUUCAGGAAGCAGGAGAGCUGCAGUAUGGAGAGCUAAUGGCCUUCUUUCAACUCAAGGAGCAGGAGCUGGACUAUACUAUAGGAGAAAGGAAAAAGGAAAUACUUCUGGAUUCUCAAGACAGAGCACUGCUUGACUUUUCAGAACCUGAUUGCAGCUCCGCAUCUGCAAACAGCAGAAAGGACAAGUCAUUGCGGAUUAUGAGCCAGAAGUUUGUCAUGCUGUUCCUUGUCUCCAAGACCAAGAUAGUCACUCUUGACAUCGCAGCAAAGAUACUGAUAGAAGAAAGCCAGGAUACAGUGGACCACAGCAAAUUUAAAACAAAGGUACGAAGACUGUAUGAUAUCGCCAAUGUUCUCACCAGCCUAGGCUUGAUAAAGAAAGUCCAUGUCACGGAGGAACGGGGGCGCAAGCCAGCCUUCAAGUGGAUUGGGCCUGUGGAAUUCAGAGGAAAGAUGGGUGAUCCAAGAGGGCAUAGCCCAACACCUGAUCAUCUACCAGAGAGGCAGAGGGAAGCCUGUGCCCCAUAUCAGACCUGUGCCAAUGGAAAGCAAAGAUUCACAUGUCACACUUCAUUUAAUGAUGCAGAGCCUUGUGAAGGGACCAAAAGGAAGGUCAUUUCUGAGCCUAACAGCCCACGUCAAGAGAAGCAAGCUUGUGUUGUGAAUUCAGAUGAAUAUUGUUCCAAAAUGGUAGAUCUAGCUACUGUCUGUAGACAGAAACUAGAAGAAGAUACUGGGAAUAAAGCUUGUGCCACAGAAACAAUCUUAAAUUCAGGAAGGAACCCAAGCAUAAACUCUCCUUUCUCCCUUCUUCCAGUUCCAAGGGACUCUGAUUUUUGCCUUAAACCUUUGCCUCACACAUUAUUCCCUGUGGUUCAAUCAGAUGUGCCGUGCCUUUCGCUGCCUAAUGGAGUCAGCAGCCAAGCUCUACAUCUUCCUGCUCCAGCAGUCUCCAAAACAGAAAAUGGAAAACCUACUCUGCUCCCCAACCAACCCUUCUUGUACUUCCCCUCUUCAUCCCUUUUUAUGUUAUGUGGCAGUCUUCAGGAAAAUGUUUUGAGAGAGAACCACCCUGUUGUAGGAGAUGUUAGGGAGUGGGUCUCACCCCUAAAAGCAGAGGGUGCUGUAUCUCCAGUUAACUCCCAGAAACGCAGCUCCCACGAGUGCACAUCACCCUCUGCCCCUAUGGACAAUGAAGAGCCUGUUGCUAAAAAGCAGACUGUGGAACAGAACGAUGUCCCUCUCUCGCUUGUAGUACCCAAGAAGCCCUUUGAGUUACCUGAGGCAGAAUCUACCCUGGGAAGUGGCUGUACAUCUGCUGUGCAUCUAGAAGCUAUGCAUCUUGACCUCACAACUCCUGCUGCUCCAGAGGCUGCAGACAAGGAGGCUACUAAGUCUUUAGAUUCUCAGGAGCAAGAAAAACCAUUUCAGAAUAAACACUCCGAAGAACCCUCUCCAGGAAAAGAGCACAUCUCUAAAGAAAAUACCAAUCAACACUUCCUACCACAAUAUCUCUAUGUUCAGCCUACUGCUGGAUUAAGCAGUUUUAAUUUCCUGUUCUCUGCAAAUCAAGCCCCUGGUGCUGUUGGCCUGGCUGCGAGCCAGUUACCUUCUCUGAGUGUCCCCUGUGUUGUGGUGCCGUCAGCAGCCUUGGCUUCCUUCCCGCUUGUCUGUUCUCCUGCAAUUCCAAGCUCUCUUUCUCCAGUUCCUGAUGGUUCCUUCUCAGCUGCUGCCUCCAUGAAUUUCAGUAUGUCUGGCCUGGCAUCAACAACGCCUGUUUUCAUAGGCACCACGGCAAUGGUUUCUCCAAAGGCCUCACAUUCACCUUCAGCAGAUCCCCAGCAACCAGCUCACCCUACUGUGCCCCUGAGUCCUGUACUACCAAGGUCUUGCAGUACUGUUAAACUGGACUCCCCUGUGUACAUGGGGCAUCCUGUGACUCUUUUGAAACUGCAGCAGCCUUUGUCAGCUCCCCUCACUCCUAAGAGCAUUCGUCCUGCACAUCAUGAGGCAUUUUUCAAAACUCCUGGAAGCCUUGGAGACCCUGUUGCAUGGAAAAAAAAUGAAGGUAACCAGACCAGAAAUGCCAGCUCUGUGCAGAGGAGACUAGAAAUCUCUAGUACCAGCACUGACUAA